GCGGGGUGGGAAGUUCCGCGGAGCUGGGCGCGGAGCCGCGCUCCCCCCUCCCAGACCCGCCCCCGCCGGGGCAGCCCGGCCCCCGCGGCCGCCCGCGGCCAUGUGCGCGGGGGCGGAGCGGCGCUGCCAGCCGGAGGGAGCCGGAGGGAGCCGCAGUCCGCGGCAGCGCGUUGGCCGCGGGGAUGCUGCGCUACAGCUCGGGGCUGACGGUCACCGCCACCACCCCGCGGAGGCCGCCCGGCGACGGCGGCCGCGCCCGGCGGAAGAUGAAUGUCUGUAGGUUACGCUUAACAGUACCACCUGAUGAAGGCUCACAACCUGAACAGGGAGCAAAGGAACCUGAAAGAAAGAAAAACGAGCUCUACCAUGUACCAAAUGGCAUGUCUCCAGGGAAGCUCUCUCAUGGAAUGGUGUAUGGCGUUGUGCACCGAACUGACAACAACCAUAAGAGAGAAAUGGUGGUUUAUGGCUGGUCAGCUGAUCAGCUGAAAGAGGAGAUGAAUUACAUUAAAGAAGUGAGAGCAACUCUGGAAAAAGUAAGAAAGAAAAUGUAUGGUGAAUAUGAUGAAAUGAAACGAAAAAUACAGCAGCUUACGAAUGAACUGAAAGUGACAAAUGCUCAUCAAGAAUCCUUAGAGAAUCAUGUGCGAGUGCAGGCUGCAGCCUUAGAUAGCUUUAGUGAAAUGAACAGCUCCUUGACAUCAGCAUCCAUAGACUUGCAGAAAACUCUAGUGGAUGUUACACUGGAGAACACUGACAUAAGAGAACAAAUAAGGAAUUUAAAACAUACACAUGAACAAUCUAUGGAAAAGCUGAGAGAGAAGCAAAAGCAACUGGAAACAGCACAAAUUGAAAAUCAGUUGCUGAAAUUAAAGGUGGAAUCAUCGCAAGAAGCAAAUGCUGAAGUCAUGAGAGAGAUGACAAGAAAACUGUACAGUCAGUAUGAGGAAAAAAUGCGAGAAGAGGAGCAGAAACAUAAAGCUGAGAAAGAAAUCCUCCUUGAAGAAACAAAUCGGCUUCUGAAGGCUAUUGAAGAGGCAAAUAAGAAGAUGCAGAUUACAGAAACAAGCAUACAGGAAAAAGACCAGAGGAUUGGUGAGCUGGACCGGCUGAUUGAAUGCAUGGAAGAGGAACGUCACCAGCUGCAAAAACAACUUGAACUAAAUGAAAUGCAGAUAUCUGGAGCAAAAUCUGAAAACAACUCUGACAGUGACAGGUCACAGCACCUGGAGGAGGUGGCAGCCAGCCUAAGAGAGCGAAUCAAACAUCUAGAUGACAUGGUCCACUGCCAACAGAAGAAAGUCAAGCACAUGGUCGAGGAGAUUGAAAUGCUAAGAAAGAAAGUAAAAGAAAAGGAAUUAUUUAUAAUACAGCUUUUAGAAAAAAUAUCUUUCUUAGAAUGUGAGAAUAAAGAAUUACAAGAUAAAUUGGACUUCUUAAUGGAAAACCAACCAAAGACCAAUAUAGAAACCAGAGAUGCUGGUGUAGGAUGUGAUCUUCCAUACAGCCCAAGUACUGAGAACAGAAGGUCUCCUGAAAGCGCAAGGCCGGUGAGGACAUACACCCCGUUCAAGAGAGUGUUGGAAUUUAGCACAAAGAACAGUACAUCCUGAGCAUUCAAGUCAACAUGCUUUCUAAAUAUGAGCAAACAUCUUGCACCUUUGCAGCUUGAUUAGAUACAUUUUUUUGAAGUCAUAGAGAAGAACAGCAGCACAGUGUCUUGCUACAUUUAUGCUGAAAGCAGCUUUUUAGUAACUUCCUAUCUGAAGUUGCUACUGACAUGAACUGUGAGGGGGAUACAGAAGAAGCGGGGUGAGUCAAACAGCAGUCAAUAUUGCUUCUUUAGAAGCUGUCCAGUGCAAUGUGUUAUUUCAGAUGCCUGUAAAGAAGGAGUUUUAUAGCUGUACAGUUGUUUUAUUUUUUCUUCAAUUGUGUUGUAAUUCUGUUUGUACAAUGAAGCUCUAAUAUAUUUUAUUUUCAACACUACUAGAAGCAGUAUCAGAAACAAUGCUGGCAGAGGGCGUUAGUCUGGAAGUUCCCCCUUAGUCUGUGUGCAGGGUGCAAGGGCUCUUCACACCCAUCAUAGAGACCUGGGAUGGCUGAGGGUUCUGUUCACCUGGAAAAAGUUACCUCGUAACCAGCUUGCUGGGAGGGAGAGGAAACUGUGCUGUUUCAAACCGUUCCCUCAACACAUGCAGAUGAUGUCAUGUCUGUUGCUCAAAACAGUAAGUGAUAGAGCAGAUUAUAAUGGACUUUGCUUUGUUGGAAUGAGGCACUGCUUUGUGUUUCCUCAGUCAUGGGACAGAGAGACUAUUGGUGAUAAAUUCAAAAGUAAUUGUGCAGUAAAAUCCCUGUCACUUUUCAAAAUUUACUUUUCCAUCAGAGGAAGGAAUUUUCAUUAAACAGAAUUUUGUCAACAGCAACCUGCAGCAGUCCCUACAAUUCCUACAGCAAUAGCAAUCCUGAAAAAGGAUUUUGAGGACUCUGUUUUUUCCAAAGCACUUAAAAUGUUAUCCCUGACUUCAACAUACCAGUAGGAAUGACUGCAUCUAGUACUGAACUUAUUUAAAUAUAUAUAUGGUAUUUUUUUAUAUCUUGUUUUGAUCUCCCAGUCUUAGUGAACUAACAUGAUUUAUGAAUAUUUUCUUGUAGUUCUACUAACAUGAAUGAAGGGCAUUUUUUUUUAAUCACAGUAACUGCUAAAGAAAGCAACUUGUAUUUUCUAUGAUUAAUACUGUUCUUGCAUUGAAUGUCAGUCCCAGCAGGUACUCACCUUGCCACAGGGCUUCACAAAGUGAUUGCAAGUCUAAUAUAAGUUCUUAAAUUCAGUACUGUCUGUUGAAAUGAAGUAUACUCAGUAGAGUUGUAUUUAAAAUAAUAAUAUUGACCUCAUGAUCCAGAUUGCAUUCCUGGAUUAUUUAAUGGGUUUCUGAAUUUGAUAGAGAACUUUGUUUAUUCUGUAGCUGUGCUGUUUAACUACUAAAUAAGGAAGCCUGGAUUGGAGGAUGGAUUGAAGGAUGUUUUGAUGUGGUGCAGGUAUCUUGCAGGAACAUAAAUUGCUUGAUAUAAUCAAGCAUAUACAAUCAUAAUCAGAGGAUAUACAAAAUAAAAUGGGAAGCUCAAGGUUCUCCAGCUUUUGUUCUCAGAUCAUGCUUUAUUUGCACAUGAGCUAUUUUUUUCCUCAUGACCUGUUCAACUACCGAGUACUUAAAAAGGUAAUUCUUUCUAAAAAGUCAAACACAGUAUUAUGGAUUGUAUUAUGCACAAAAGUCAAGAAAUAAUUGCCAUCAAAACCAAUGACAAAAAGGUAAAUUAUCUACUGUGUGAAGAAAAUCUGUAAUCUUCACUGGUAUAGAAGUCACAAAUAUUAACAGCUGCUCAAUGUUUCUUUUAAAAAUAAUAAUUAAAAAAGGUGUGAAGUUAGUUUUAAUAACUCUAAAGGGAAAUGGUUUGUUUUGCAUGUGAGGAGGCUGUGCAAAAGAUCUCAUAGAUACGAAAAAGGGCAAAGAAAAGCUUCCAGCUGUCACAUUAAUAAAGAGGCUUAAUACCACACAUUUGCUUCAAUAACCUUCUCACAGGGGAGAGGUGCCCAACCUCUAGAGCAGGAAAGGGUUUGAAGAGACUGUCCCUGACAAUGAAAUCUGCUUCCUAUCAAAACAGUCCUCAGACAAAGCUCCCUCUCAUUAGACAGAGCAGAGGAAUUGUCUUGUACCUGAAGACCAAAGACACAGACACAGGUGACACAUGGAGAAGCUGAAUCUUGACCGUGCAUGGGGCAUUUGUGUUUGAAUGAAGUUUUGAUGCUUGAGUGAACUUGGGAGACUUGAGUUUGCUGAAGGAAGUUCCCAAAUAACAGUUAAUUUGAUCAGUAACAAAAUUAAUUAUGGCUAUGAACAACUGAGAUCAUGAAGUGACACUCUAAAAGAGAACACAUUUAAACUGGAAGUGUAUGUGGAUGAAUCCAAAAGAUGAUGGGUAAGGAUGCAACCCGAAUUGCAGGGAUAAGCUUUGUACUUGUGUAAUGGUAUCCCCCUCUAGUGGCUGAUAACAGCAAGUAUUUGGACAUUAUCAGCUAUUUAAGAGAAAACACUAAGAGUGAAACCCAACUGGCCAUAUUAAUGUCCAAUAAUGAUGCAGCUUUCAGUCAUUACAUAAUGCCUUUUUGCGUUUUUUCUGUCUGAAUAGACCUGCUGUAUUUCAGGAAUACAAUUCUACCUGCAUACUUCAGAUGAAUGGAAGAAGGUGGCAUUUAUAGAUAAAAGGAAAUGGACGUUGCUGUAAAAGACAUUAACUGGCAAGUUUAAAUGAGCAAAAAUACUUUAUCCCUCUGUCUGCUUUUGGCCAGAAUUCAGAAAACAGAACCUGAUGACUGUGAGGUGCUCAGUGAAUGGUAGGACAGGGCAGGAUGAAGUAUCAAACUGCUGUUUUGACACAGACUCAAAAGGAAGUUCCAUCUACUUUUAAUAUAUUCCAGAGGAUCUCCUCUGAAAAUAACUGCAAGUUGUUUUAACUCUGAGACUUGCAAAAUGAUGAUUCUCUGCUCAAGGCUUUACCAAGACAGCAGCAAGGUGUUGAAUUUUUUCCUGUAAAAGUUUUAUGUGUAAAUUCUGUCCUCGUUAUGUGAUAAAAUCUGGCAUUUUUUCUAAACCAAGGAAGGAUUUAAGUCUAUGCUGUAUUUUAAGAGUAUUUUGACAUGCAGUGAGAUGGAUGACCAUCAUUUGAUUGGGCUACUGGUCUAAAUUUGUGAAGAACAGGGGAGGAACAGUAUUUCUGUAAUUGUGUUACACAAAAAUGUAGAGCCUUCCAGCCAAAUCAGCAGCAAUGUAAAUUAGCACAUAUAAUAACAAAUGUGACUGAAAAGACUGUAACAGUUCAGUAUAAAUUCUGUCAAUUUGAGAUGGGGUUAAUUAGUACUAUAACAUUAGAAAUUAGUACAAUUUCUGUAAACAGCAAUAAAAGCUAUAUAGAUAGGUCCCAGGAAGUGCAUUAAAUACAAGUCAAUUGUAUGAGUACAUUUGUACCAUGACAUGAUAAGUAUUCUUUCAUGGUUUAUUCCAGAUGCUCUGGAAAGUAUUUUGGGAUACAGUUUUCAUAUAUGCUGUAUAAAUAAUGCUGUUUACAUUGUAUGCUUUUAAUACAUCCUGUAUGUAGGACUUGAAAAGGAUAAAUUGCAAUAAAUAUUGUAUUAAAACUUUCUAUUCUGAUAUGUCAACAUUCGUUUAGAAAUAAAAUUACCUUAAAACCUUGUAAACUCUUACUCUACACAGUCUUGUUUGUUCAAAAGAUGUAUGAAAACAAAGGCAGUUCCUCUGGAGCCUGGAUGUUCCUGUCAGUGUUUCCUUUGGCAGAGGGGCUCUUGAGAACAGGAAGACACUCCCUUGCUAAAAACUAAAGACUCUUCUCAAAGCCAAGUAACAGAAGUACAUUAACUCUUUUAUGAAAUAAAGAACUAUUGACUUGCACAGGAUAAACAAGAACUUGGGCACUGCAGCUCUUGCAGAAGUACUUAACAACUUCAGAUCCCACAGAUAACAUCUGGAUACAUCUGAGAUGAUGCUCUCCAGGCUUCAGCAUGAUGAAAUUGGGAUGACCACGGCCCAUCUUUUUUUUACAGUUUAUAUCCACUCACUAAUAAAGAUUUAUCUUCAGGACUAUCACAGUGAAGCAAUCUACAUGUCAAUUAAAUGAGAAGAGGUCAUCCAGAGAUGACGAUCAGUGUUACUGGUUUGCAGUGCUCAGCUGAAGAAUGUGAAGGUUUUUAGUUGAGUCAUGCUUCCCCUGUAUGUGUAAUCAGUACAGCUUGCCAAAAGGACCUCAUAAAAUCUUGCUGAGAUCAGCAGUGCUCAGUGCUAAACCUCCAGCAUAGGAAUCUGAGAGUUGGGUACCAGUGCUUUUCAGAGAGGCUUGAAAUCCUUGUUUCGACAUCUGAAGACUUUUAAGACAUGGGCAGAUAAACAAAUAGGUAAGAAGUAAGUUCUCUCCACGUUGCUAAG